AUGGCUUCCAGAACUAAGAAACACAAGUGGGCUAUCGAUUUUUCAGGAUCUGGAAGAUCUGUAGUGGCAUCUAAUGAAAUUGUAUCACCAGUAGGUUUAAUGGACUCAAGUUGUGUGUCUGAUAGAACAAAAGAUGUUGAUCCAAAUCUAAUUGUAAAGAGAUCAUGGGAUGUUGCAUUAGCUCCAGUAAAACAAGUGCCAAUGAAUAUGUUUAUUAUGUGGAUGGCUGGUAACUCAAUAUCAAUCUUUCCCAUAAUGAUGGUUGGAAUGAUGUUUAUUAGACCAAUUUAUGCCAUUCUGGCUUUACAAAAAACUUUUAAAGAUAUAGAAGGUGAUCAAGCACCAUUCCAGAAGCUAGUAUUUAUAAUGGGGAAUGUAUUUUGUUUAGCUAUGGCUGUUUAUAAAUGUCAUGUAAUGGGUUUAUUACCAACACAUACAUCAGAUUGGCUAGCCUUUGUACAAGCACAAGAGAGAAUGGAAUGGUGUGGUGGUGGUAUAUUACUAAGUUAA